GGGGUAGGCGUGGGUGGUGGGCGUUCAUGAUGGGUUCUGAGACAUUCACUGUGGUUGAAAACCAUGGCCUUGGCAUCGCUUAGCAUACUCGAUACAGCCAUGCUCCAAUGCUUUUCCUCGGCCCUACACCACUCGUAACCUAUCCCGCAUACAGAACGGGUCACCUGUCAACGGUACACCAUCAACACCAGCAACAACUCAUACCACAUUCAUCCUCCUACAUUACCCCUCUAGUCUCGACAGAUACCUCGGCUUGUCGACAUGUCACUCCAGAGUGCGGCAGACGUGCCGCUCCUCAUUAGCUCCCCGAAUUCGUCCUCGGAGCGCCGUAUUUCUCCGUCUUGGAGCAUUGCUCAACUCAAGGCACGCCUCGAACCCAUCACCGGUGUCCCCGCAAGCAGUCAACAGUUGUCGCUGCGCGUUGGCUCUCAGGAUGCCGUCGCUCUCAUCGCUCCGGAUGAGGAACAGACGCGUCUUGCUGCCUUCCCGCUGCAACCGUAUGCGGAGAUAACCGUCGUUGACACACGUCCUCCCGCUGCACGAACUGACUUUACCGAUCUGUCGUCCGUUGAGAAGUACGAAAUGCCUGCUGCAGAGUACGAGCAUCGGACCGAUAGUGUUCUUGCAUGGAAGAAGGCGCAGAAACUGGGUCGUUUCGACCCAGAUGCUCCCAGUAUUGAGCAGCAGAAGAUCCGCGCCUCAGAGCGGGAAAUAGAAGAAAGAGGCCUUUCUCUAAACUGCCGCGUCCGCCUCCUGCCCGAAUCAGAUGCUCGUCGCGGGACGAUAUCCUAUAUUGGACUUGUGCCUGAGAUUCCCGGGAUUGGCGUAUGGAUCGGCGUUAGGCUUGACGAGCCAACUGGUAAGAACGAUGGGAGUGUCAAGGGUAAGCGAUACUUUGAGUGCGGUGCCAAUUGUGGUGUCUUUGUUAGGCCGGAGCGGUGUGAGGCUGGGGAUUUCCCUGCGCUGAAUGAGUUUGGGGAUGAUGAGGAUUUGGAGGAACUUUGAAGAAAGGGGGAAGCGGGGAUAACACGAUGGAAGGUAGGACGGAUACUGUCUUGCUAGUCAGGUAGACAGGUAGGUAGGUAGGUAGGUAGGUAGUCUAUCUGUUUAGGUCAGCCUGAGCAGGCGUGCCAUAGGGGGGAUUCACAAGGUGCACAUCAAGAUACAAUGAAAAAGACUCGAUGAUGAAAAAGAACCCCCCUUUUAGGGUUUAUAAUUGUCGUUAUACUA